AAGGGCGAGCAGUGUUGCAUCUGCCUUUCCGUCUUUCAGGACAAUGAUCGCAUCUUGGUUUUGCCUUGCAGUCAUGGCUUUCAUCACCAGUGUGUUGGCCAGUGGCUUCGGCAACAAAGACGCUGCCCUUUGUGUAAUCGUGACCCAUUCUCUACCGAC